AUGGACGAUUAUAUGUUUACGACAAAUGUCGCUCGUUGCAGAAAUGUUUAUGAGAAUACUACGUACCUAGAGAUGGUAUCCUAUUCGGAUCCUUCUCUGAAUUCGAUAGAAGAGCAUCCCCUGACACCCGAUGAAUUCGAGAACUUCCUCAACCGAAGGGGUGUCUUUGCUCCUCCAAAAAUACCAGAGGGAGUGAUUCAGUUAGCUUGCAUUCGAUUGAUUCUUCAAUUAAAUGCCAAGCAUCCUGAUACCUUCGCCCCAAAUGUUCUCAGUUUCUCUUCUGCCGCAUAUAUCUCCAUGGUGAAGACUAUGAAUUUGCCCUAUAGAUCCAUUGAGUCCGGAAGUGCCGUCGAAAUCGUGAACCGCAAAAGUGAUGUCCGGAAAAAGGGUUUGACUCGUGGUUGGGAACUUACUCUCUCCCAUGAUGUUAAUCAUGCGAUCACUACUGGAUAUGCCAAAGGCACAGAAAGCUCUGACAUGGUAGAAUCCAUCCAACAUCUCAAAGCAUGUAUCCUUCAAAUCGGACAUCCGAUGCUCUUACCAGCUAUCAUAUUUUCCCACGACAUAUCAUUCAAGACCGAUCUCAAGCAACGGGAUGCACGUGAUUGGUUACGAAGAUUAGAGCAUGCUGUAUCGAUGCGUUCAGAAAUUGAAGAGAAAGAAGGAUAUGUGAGAGAGGGAGUUAUAGAUCUCGAUGCUAUCAAUAGAGAUCUGGUUGAAUGCCAUUCUCAAGUACUGUGGAAGAGACCGAAAGCUUAUCUGCAGAUUUUGCAACAGCUUGAGAAGGCGAUGAAAAUGCUUGAUGAAAGACUACCGGAGGAGAGGAAAGACGAAACGAUGAGAGCUUUACAGGCGAGUAUGUUGGCAAGGUUUGAUUUCUAUCGGGUAAAACUUCAGGCAAUCGAGAGUUACGCAUUUACAACGUUACAGAGGUUGGAUAUCCAGAGAAGUGCUGUUCGUAGUCCCAUUUCCCUCAUACCAGCAAAGCUAACCAAAAAAAAUCAGCUAUACAACAUCAUCGCACAAAAAGAAUCCAAACUCAAUUUCCAAAUGGCCAAAGAACAACGACAGCUCGCGCACGCCGCAAAACGUGACUCCAGCACCAUGAAAACUAUUUCUCUUCUCAGCGCCAUCUUUUUCCCCGGCGUCUAUCUCGCCUCGGUAUUCUCCAUGACUUUCUUCAAUUUUCAAAACGAUGGUACACCCGCUGUAAGCAAGAGUUUCUGGUUGUAUUGGGCGGUGACAAUUCCAUGCACGAUGAUUAUUGUGGGGUGGUGGUAUGUAUGGGAGAAGAAGAGGGAGAGGAGGUAUAGCUUGGAGGAUAUUGAUUUGGAGAGGGGAAGUGAUGAUAUGGAGAAGGAGAUUAUGGCGACGAUGAGGAAGAGGACUAUGAGUAAGGCGAGUACGUGGGAUAAGAAACAUCCUCCGACGGCGAAUGGGGGGCAUGGGCAUGUACAUGGAAUUGCAGAGAAGUUGGUGGGAAAGAAAACGGAGUGA